GCUGGAGCGGCGGGCUCUGCCGGGGGCGCGCGGGAGCAGCUGUAGCUGCCGCCGCCGGGGACGCGCGUCACGCGUUCGCUGGCGCUGGUUGAGAGCCGCCGCUCGGGGCUGGGGGCUGGUGGCUGCUCCGGGGCUGUGCCUCCGCUCGCAGGGCGGGUGUCUGCUGGCCGUCCGCUCCAAGACCAUCCGCUCUCGCCGCUCGCAGGCAUGGCUUCCCGGUUCGACUACAUCGCUCCUUGGUGGACUUACUGGUUGCACAAUUUCCCGCACGUUAACCUCCGCUUCCAGCCGGUGGACAACACCUUCAGUCCGCAGGAUGAAAACUAUCAGCAGGUACUGAUCUUUUUGGCUGUGGUUGCUGCUGUCUGCUUGGGCCUCAAUUUGAUUUUCAUUUUGAUUUACUUGUUAUGCAUCUGCUGCUGCAAGCCAACCAAUGAUGAAGAAACCAAGAAGCCACAUUCCUGCUGUGUCACGUGGACAGCUGUGACUGCUGGUCUUAUCUGCUGUGCUGCCAUUGGGAUUGGCUUCUAUGGAAACAGUGAAACCAGUGAUGGUGUAUACCAGCUGACAACCUCCAUCUACAAUGCAAACCAUACACUUGCUGGAAUAGAUGGCCUGGUAUCUGGGACAAUUAAGAAUAUGAAAGUUGAUCUGAAGCAACAUAUAGCAAGGCUUGAUGAGAUCUUCACACAAAAGAUGGAGUUUAUUUAUUCACUGACGCUCUUGCAGCAUUUGGCAGAUGCAAUUAUCUCACAGCUCUCUGGCCUCCCAACAUGAAUGACAUCAAUUUGAAUGUGGCAGAAACGGCCGAUGAAAAUUGGCUACUUUGAAUAUUACAGGUGGCUGUCAUAUCUUCUGCUCCUAAUUGUUGACUUGGUUAUUUGUGGCAGCAUUUCUGGGUCUGGCCAACGAUCCAGGUGGCUUCUCACACUAAUGAUUGUCCUUGGUGUCUUGAUUCUAAUCCUCAGCUGGGGAUCUGGUCUGGAUACUGCUGCAGCUGUGGGGAUCAGCGAUUUCUGCGUGGCUCCAGAUAAAUUCAUCAUGAAUAUGACCCAGAAUAAAAUUAGCUCAGACAUUGUGCAUUAUUAUCUGUAUUGUGGCCGCAGCACGCGUAACCCAUUCCGAAAGACUCUGUCAAGUUUCCAGCGCUCCCUAACAAACAUGCAGCUGCAAAUCCAAGGAUUGAUGCAUGUUGCAAUACCACUAUUCCCUAUGGCAGAGAAGGACAUUAUUGGCAUACAGCAGCUACUAAAUACAUCUGAAUCCAAUUUGCAUCAACUCACAGCAAUGCUCGACUGCCGAGGACUGCACAAGGACUAUCUGGAUGCCCUGAAUGGUGUAUGCUACGAUGGUGUUGAAGGGUUACUCUACCUUUUAUUGUUUUCUCUCCUUGCUGCAGCUGGAUUCUGUGCCUUGAUCUGUGCCAUAUCCCGUGGCUGUAAUCACAUUGCAAUCAGAGAUCGAGAUUAUGAUGACAUGGAUGAAGCAGACCCUUUUAAUCCACAAGCUCGUCGCAUAGCAACCCAUAACCCAACCCGAAGACAGAUACACAGUUUCUGUAGUUUCAACAGUAGUAUGGGGAGUCAGACCAGCCUCCAACCACCCGCAAACACAACUGCCACUCAACCACCCACUACAGCACCUGCACCUGAGUACAUGAAUAACACUGUGUUAUUUGGUGGAAAUCCUCGAUUUGAAAAUGUUCCACUGAUAGGAAGAAAUUCACCUCCACCUUCGUACACCCCCAGUAUGAGAGCAACCUACCUUGCAGUGAGCGAAGAACCUACCAGAAUUUACGGAAAUAUAUUUCCUGUUUAACAUUUCUGCUGGCCUUCAUAGCAGAGUUCAAGAUUUCUUAACAAUAGUCCAAAGCCUUACUGUACUAAAAAAAAGUGCUCUGGCCAAAACUUUCCAAUUCAAUGAAGUUUGAUGAGAGCGGUAAAGAACUGUUGAAGAUUGAUGCUGGCGAUCUAUUAACAUUUUUCAGAAAUGGUGUUCAAAAUGACUGCUACUCUGAAUAUUUGUGAUUUUACUUCUGAAAAUAUUGCAUGAUUUUUUUACAUUCCAUUAUUGGAGACACGUGCACAGCAGAUAUGUGCUUGGAUGAUAAAUUUGAAUUGAGUUUCAAUUAGCUUCUGAUAUAAGGAGUGCCUUGUAGACAUACUUUUUUUUUAAAAUGUCAGUUUGAACUGAAUAUCAAAGUUGUCUACAUCAUAGUUUAAUUCUAGGGUUUCAAUCACAUGAUUGACUGCAGAACACUGUUGAGACUGUGAUUUAUUUUAUUCUUGACCAGGGUGCAGAGUAGAAUUAAGAAGAUGCAAUCAAACACUGCAUUUCCAAGAAAACAAAACUAAUCUAACCUGAUCACCAUCAAUUGUGGGUUUGGCUUUUUUUGGCCACUUGCAGCAUAAGAUUGGCUGAUCAUGGAAUAGACAGUGGCAAGGAAUCUCGCAUCUUUCCAGUCAAAGGAGGUGCGAUUGGCAAAUGAGUCUUGAAUGAAAUCAUACGGAGCAAGAGGAAUAAGAAAAAUAGAACUUCUUUUAAACAAAUAAAAACUCUCAACAAGUGGUUUCUUUUAGGGCUGACUCUGCCACAGAUUUUCUUCAGUAAAUUUAAUUAGUUAAUGCCAUUUUAUACUUGAAAUGUUACUACCAAAUUCCCACACUAGUCAGUUCUGAGGGAUAUAAUUGACACUGGCACUGUUUGUAAUGUAUAUUUUCUAAUUAUAUAAUCAUAUUGUGAAUUUGCUGGAACAGCAAUAGAAUGAUUUCUUUCUAAUAAAGGAGCUAAAUUCAGAUUCCAGAUUUAAAAUUUAUAAAAAAAAAUAAUUUGUAUUAGUUUCUUUCUAUAAAAUAAUUUGACAAUGUUUCACCAAAAUGUAUUAACUAAUAUGCUUAUUGUGGAAUAGUAACUGGCUUUAGAUCCCUUUCAAGUUUUAUCUCCAUUUUAGAGAAGCAGAAUGGAUUUGGCAGCAAAAGCAACAGUGAUGCUAGAUGCAUUCACUGUCAUUAUACCGUGAAAAUGACAGCAACUUCAGAAUUUUUGUAAAUGCAAUGCAGAAAUUUCAAAGUAGUUGUAAUUGAUCAAAGCCCCAUCAUUAACUUCACUGCUAAAGUGGCUGCCACUGAAACUAACAGGAGCUUCACAAAGGCUGCAUGAACUUGGGCUGAUUGCCUACCACUUGCAAAGUUCAGAUAACUUUAGAUUUUACAACAGGUCUGAGGAAAUGCAAACAUCCUGUGUUCCAAUCAUGUAUAAUUAAUGAAGAUUCUGGAAGAAGUUUUUUAUGGAAGAAAGUCUCAGAAAAUAACAAAGAGAGGCUCGGGGUAACAGAUUUUUAAAUGAUUACUAAUUUAAAAAGACGAUCUCGUAAUGGCUCAGGAUUCGGGUCUUAAAUGGUUUGUUAGUUUAAAACUAUAUUUAAGCUUUUUACAUAUAUGUGCCAGGUUUAUAUUUUACAGAUUUAAAUGAAUUACGCAUUUUAUUCAAGGUUUGGAUGGGCACAUGAAUGAGAGGAAAGUAGAGGGAUAUGGGCAUUCUGUAGGUAGGAGGGAUUAGCUAUGUCGGCACAACAUUGUGGGCCAAAGGGCCUAUUCUGUGCUGUACUGUUCUAUGUUCACAUAAAUGUUAUUUUCUUGAUUUUUUUCAGCACCCUGCCACAUAUCCUGGAACUACUUAAUGCCUUUUUGUUUUAUGAGCCAGAAUUGUAUAUGUUUCAUAGACUUUAUAAACCUAGUGCAUAGAACUAUGGAAAAAUAUCAGGCAUCGUGGCCGUAGAACUGACCAAGAGGUGCUUUAACCCAUCCAAGAGAGGGCAUGAGCAGUGGCUUUCUUUUGACAUGAGAGGAGGUCAUGUGAAUGUCGGUAAUGAUUCAGUUGGCCACCUCUAUGAUAUGUAAGGGAGGACUUUCAAUCAUGAUACAAGUCCCACACUGUCUUGAUGUGAAACUAACCAUGAAACACAGAUUUGAUGAAUGUGGAUCACUUCAGUCAAGCAGCCAUGCAUGUGCCACAUUAUCAAAUGUGUCUGGAAGACAGCAUUUAGCAGCUCAUGGAAAUCAUAUUCCUAAUAGUUUCUGAGUUCACCAGUUUUGACAGUCUCCGGCACAGCAAAUAGAGAUCCAUCACAUUUAAUAGUAUCGCUGAUUCCCUAAAAUGCUUGGAAUCAUUUAUGGAACCCAUUUGAAGGCAUUAAAACAUGAACCUGUCACAUAUCACAUCAGGAAGAAACUUCUUUGAUUAAAUGUGAUGAUCUGUUCAAAUGCAUUUUCUAAAUUCAGUGCAGAUUAGUGGAGAAAUAUUCACAAUGCUUGGAUUUUAUAUGACACGUCAAACUGGAUGCAGCUUCCAUCAGGGUGAAUGUUAGGGAACAAAGAUUGCCCACUGAAGUAACCAAAAGGAAAGAUACAGUUGUGAUGUCUGCACCUAAAAAGUAAAGAAGAAUUGGGGAGUUGAAGUCACAGUUCUAAGUGAGACAAUACAGUCUUCAUCUGUAUAUGUGUCAAAUAUUGCACCAGUGUGUUGCACUUGUUACAGCCUUCCCUUGCUGGCAUGACUGACCCUUGAUCCAGCAAACAUAGAUGAAUCUAACAUGAUAGCCUUUGGUUCAUGGACAGUCUGAGGAAGCAAAGGCUGUUAUGGACAGGGCUGCUGGAGAACAGCCAGUGGCUCCUAUAUUUGGACAGUGGGUGGCAAGAUGCCACCUUCCUUCUGUCUCCACUUCUCCCAACCGCCAUCCCUUUCUUCCCAGUCUCUAGCUCCUUCUCCCCAUCCCCCAUCUCCUCUUUCCCAUGGCAGUGAAGUUUGAUAUAGAAAAUAUUCAAUGCAAGACUUGAUACACUGAUUGCAAAAUUCUAAGUGAAAAUUGAAUUAAUUGGAUUUUCACUAUUUUGUAAAUAUUUGUAACAUUUAAAUGGCAUUAGACUGAGUAAAGAACAACAUUAAGUCAAUAAUCAGGUCUCAAAAUAAUAGUUUGUGUGGAAUCUAAACAUCAGAAAAAAUAACGUUCAUUCUCCCCCAUCUGUGUGCCCAUUUGUUGCUGCAAUUAAGUAUUAGUCAAUCAAAGUGCCCUGAGUGAGAGGUGGAACAUUACAUCCUAUGAUCUUGACCCAAGUGGAUGGCUUUUGUGACCAUCAGCUGGAAACACUCAACUGUUCAAAGGUGCCUGUCAGAGGCACAGCAGCUGUCCCAUACAUCUUUCAAACAUGCUGGUGGCCAAGGCAACACCUGCCUUUCUUCAUUCCAAUGACUCAUUGGACACUGACUUUCAUCAGCUGACUGAUACUUUAUACUUGGUUAGUAAUCCUUGUGAGCACAUAUGACUUUUCUAAAGGAAAUGACUUGCUCUACACAUGCAUGGCAAAUACAUAUUUAAGUUUGUCCUUUGUUGUUAAGGGGAAAAACGCUGUUUGGGUGUUCUAACUAACUUUUAUACUUAAUACCUACACAGUAACAUUAAAAGAUUUUUAGAACCCCUUAGGUCCAUCACCAAUAACAGCUGAAUUGUAUAACCAGUUGAAUUUAGUUUUUUGCAGGUCAUUGCAUCAGUAACAUUAAGGUAACAUAAAGUAACAUAACUUGUAAAUUUCACUUAACUGUUAAACCCAAGCAACUUAUGUUAAAUCAUUUAAUUCUUUCACUGUUGGUCUGCGCUCCUUGAUAAGAUGGAGUUGACGCUCAUUGCCUCUGUCACCACUUUGCAUACCAACAAAGAGCUCAUAUUGUGCCCAAUGCUUCAUAUUCUCCUUGCUCUUUGGCUUCACCUCAUUAAAGAGUAUUCAAAUAUUUAUCCGUCUCGGCCUUGGAAUGUAUUCAAUGAAAGAAUUUGAAAGAUUUACAAACUUCUGGUAAGGAAAUUUCAAAUCUCGGUUUAAGUGGUUGACAUCUUAUCCUGGGAAUAU